UCAUUCAAGAUGGAUCUCAAGAAAAAGACCUUCUUGGACAACUUUCGUCUGAAAACUAAGAUGAUCAUCCCGAAGAAGUUGGGGAAGAAGGCCCUUGCCAAGCAGGGGAGGGGGCUGGCCCAUCGGCGCAGUAUUUCUGUUCCAGACCUAAGGUUCUCACAAGGUGAAGCAUUUCCUUCAGACAGCCGGUUUGCGCCCACUCCCUCUGAUUCCAUGUUCUAUCUCAACACCCCUGGUCUGAGUGAUAGUGAUUCUGUUGCGAGUGGCUCGAUUGCUGAUGGACCAUUUAACACAGACAAACCAGACAAUUCAGUCCCAGAAAGUAUUCUUAAAGUUCCCUCAGGUCACAGAGAGGCUGUUAUGAAUAGAAUAAGUGCACCAGUGGGAUUUCACUUUUAUGAGGGAGUUGAUGAUAUGACAAAUUCACGCUCACAGAACAAGGCGAACUUUACUCAAGAAGGCCUGUACGCACAAGUAGAUAAAAGACCCAAGGUGAAUAUACCUAAGUUUACUUUUGACCCUAUUCCUGCACCAAGAUCUAUUUUUACCAACGCACUUUCACCAAAACCAGAACUUGUAGAGAGACAGAGUCUCUCUGGUGAAGACGCCCCCAGAGACAGAGGGCCUUCAAGUGCUGUUGCUGCAGUAUUGGCCAGAGCAAGCUCAAUGGGAGACCAAAUUAAACCCUUCACAGAAAAGAGGUUCCCAUCAUUUGAGUAUAGAAAAGCAUCAUCUGAAAAAGGAACUCCGCCAGCAACCAGAGUAAAUGCUCCUGGUGCUACAUCUCUGAUAGUAGAUACCCUGUAUACACCUGUGGAGAGUGCAGAUGGCACCUCUUUGGACUCUGCCUGUGGCAGUCCGACCGAGGAGCAAGUCAACAUGCCCUGGACGACAGACUCGGAGGAAAUGGAGCGAGAAUUCUGCUCUCCCUUUUUGAUGAGAGAAUUUACCACCGAAGAGGCUCUGAUAGAAGAAGCCAUGGCUGAGGAGGAAAUGGAAGAAAUAGCAGAGAUGUCCAGUGAACCGUGUGAUUUCUUUGAUGAAAAUCAAGAUCUUCUGGAAAACCCUCAGGUUAUGUCAGCAGGGCCUGACGCCCAAGCACCUGUCCCGUGGCAGAGAUACCUCCUGAACAUCAACCUAAAGCAGGGAAGAAACCUGGUCAUCCGAGACAAGCGCUCCGGGACCAGUGAUCCUUAUGUGAAGUUCAAACUGGAAGGAAAACAGUUCUAUAAAAGCAAAGUGGUUUAUAAAAGCCUGAAUCCACGGUGGAACGAGUCCUUCUCCCAUCCUCUUCGAGACAGAGAGCAUCCGGUGGACGUCCGGAUCUACAAUAAAAAACGGACGGCUGAUGAGUUCAUGGGUUCCAGCUCUAUUGUUCUGAACAAUCUUGAAUUAUACAAAACCUAUGAAAUGGAGUUGCAGCUUGAUGAUCCAAAAAGAAAAGAAGAUGACAUGGGGGUUAUUGUUGUUGACGUCUGCUUAAUGUUCAGAGAUGCCACCAUCAAAAGAAGCCCUAGAUGGCCAGCAAGGAAGACAAAGCAGACCCAGGCCGCAGCAUCCCCGCGACCAGCUGAGACGCCGAGAGAUCCCCUGAAGAGCCAGAUGUGGACUGGUGUGCUUGGUAUCACCUUGGUGGAGGGACAGGACCUGCCGCAGCAUGGCCAUGGGGACAUUUACGUCCGCUUUCGCCUCGGUGAUCAGAAGUACAAGAGCAAGAACCUUUGCAUUCAGGCCAAUCCCCAGUGGAGAGAGCAGUUUGACUUAAAUCAGUUUGAAGAUAACCAGGAACCUCUGCAGGUGGAGGUGUACUCCAAGAGAGGGAGGAAGAGUGAGGAAUCAUGGGGGAUGUUUGAGAUUGACCUAUUGAGACUUCCACUUAAUGAGAGGCAGCUCUACACUCAUGUGCUGAACCCAGGAAAGGGCAAGCUGGUUUUUCUGGUCACCCUUAGACCCUGCUGGGGAGUCUCCAUCUCUGACAUUGAAACGGCUGCCUGGGAGAAGCCAGAAGAGAAAGACGCCGUAUUGGAGAAAUUAAGCUUAAAGAACUCACACAAGUGUUUGGCGGAGGUUGGAUUCCUUCAGGCCAAAGUUGUAAAGGCAAAUGAUCUUCCUGCCGCAGACCUCAAUGGAAAAAGCAACGCUUUUUGUGUUGUGGAGCUCGGAAACUGCAAACUUCAAACUCACACAAUUUACAAGAGCCUCAAUCCAGAGUGGAACAAAGCCUUUACUUUCCCAAUAAAGGACAUUCAUGAUGUGAUAGAGGUGACUCUCCUUGAUGAAAAUGGAGACAAAGCCCCAAAUUUUUUGGGGAAAGUGGCAGUUCCAUUACUGACUGUUCAGAAUGGGCAGCAGAUAUGCCUGUUCUUGAAGAAAGAAGACUUGGGAAAUGCAUCAAAAGGAACCAUCACACUGGUGCUGGAAGUGAUCUAUAACAAAGUCAGAGCUGGAAUCAGAACUUUCCAACCAAAGGAGACAAAACCGAUGGAGGAAAACCUGAAGUUCUCCAAAAAGGUUCUUGCCCGGAAUAUAUGUCGGGUUCGAAAAAUCAGCACAGCAGUUCUGUACACGUUACAGUACAUUAAAAGCUGUUUUCAAUGGGAGAGCAUGCAACGGAGUCUAAUAGCCUUUCUGAUCUUCAUUGUGACGGUGUGGCACUGGGAGCUCUUCAUGCUGCCCCUCUUCCUGCUUCUGCUCAUUGGCUGGCACUACUUCCAGCUCACUGCAGGGAAGGCCAGCUCCAACCAGGACCUGGUGAACAUGAGCAUGGGUGACGACGAAGAAGAAGACGAGAAGGAAUCCGGAAAAAAGGGUUUGAUGGAUAAGAUACAUAUGGUGCAGGAAGUAGUGCUGGCUGUUCAGAACAUUUUGGAGGAAAUCGCAAACAUCGGAGAGCGUAUCAAGAACAUAUUCAACUGGUCCGUCCCAUUCUUGUCAUCCAUGGCCUGCUUGAUGCUGUUCAUGACAACUGCGCUGUUGUAUUUUAUCCCACUGCGAUACAUUGUGCUGAUCUGGGGCGUUAACAAAUUUACCAAGAAGCUGCGCAACCCAUAUACUAUUGACAAUAAUGAAAUACUGGAUUUCCUCAAGAGGGUGCCUUCUGAUGUUCAAAAGGUGCAGCACAGCGCGCUGAGAGCGCCCACCAGCCAGAACCAGACGCGGAAGAAAAGGUAAGCUUUGCUGGAUGAAAGGCUGGUCUCCUUUUGAAUAUGCUACGACGCAUUCCACCUGACAACAGUGCUCCAGUGCCAGCAGAGCCCAUGACCCAUGUGCCCCCCACCAUACCACCCUAACUCUGCCCCCUGCUGCUGAGGGGCAGCCAGCCGCUCUCUGGCUUGUGUGUUUGCCACCCCCCUGACAGAGGCUGUGAACUGCAGCAGCUAGAAGGGCAGCACAUGGCGCUGUCAAUCACAAGCCUGGAGGUAAAGAAAAGAGAGCUCUGCAAGGCUCAGCCUUCAUCUUUGGAUAUAAUUUAGAAAAAGAAUGAAAAGCGUUGGGUUUGGCUUACCUUACACCUCCACUGUUUUGCUUAAUUCAUUAAUUUGUUUGUUUUUUUACUUUGGAACUAAGAAAUGUGCCUUAAGUAAAUACAACCUCAACCAUUUAUGGAAAACUAACCAUGGAAAUGUUUUUCUUCAUUCAUGUGUUAACAUAAUUAAAGAUGAAAAGGUCAUAUAUAUCGCAAACUGAUUUUGUAGUUAUAAUCAAAAUAAUAUGUUUUCUCACACAUUUAACAUAUUACGACAGAGAACUGAAUGCUUUUCUUUUUGUGUUAAGGAUUUAAUGUAUAUAAUAUAAUGCUCUCAGCUUUCUUAUUUUUAUCACAGCAACAAAUAUAUAUUUAUGUAAUGCAUGUGUUUUAUU